AUUUUCCAUCAAAUGAUGCAGUCGAUACUAAUAUAAAUAGGCCAUGUGGGCCAAUAGUUGUCAUCAUAAGUUGGACAGCUUCGUCUGGAAAACAUUUCGAAACAUCAAAAAAGCAAAACAAAAAAAUAGUAUAGUUCACGCCAUGAAAGUUUACUAUUUUAUAGUAUUUGCGACCAUAGUGGGUCCCCAACUAAUUGGGGGUCAUAGCCCUGUUUUUGGUCUCAAUUAUCCUGUGAAAAGAUCGCCAGUUGAUUGUUCCUCUUGCGAGGAUGGCGAACUCGUAGCCGAUCGUAGCAGUUGCUCAAGUUACUAUCUAUGCGUUGGCGGCCAGGCAUUGCGGCAAACAUGUGGCCCCGGUUUGUUAUUUGACUCCCGCACCAGAUCUUGUAAUUUGGAUUACUUGGUCGAUUGUCCAGUAAAUCGCUAUCAGGGCUAUAAUGACAACGAUUGUAAGCCGCAUGUUAUUGAUUAUAUCUGGCCUUUUGGUUCUCGCUAUGAAGAAUAUAACAAAUAUAUUCAUCGACGACCACCGGUAGUAGUACCAGAAUAUAGGCCACAUGUGAUACGUCCAAAUCCCUAUGUUAUGCCUUCAAAUAGGGUAAACGAUGAAACCACAACAUGUGCACCAACGACUGUCACAACAACAAAUGCACCAAGGACUGUCACAACAACAAAUGCACCAAGGGCUGUCACAACAACGACCGUCACAACAACAUGUGCACCAACGACUGCCCCCACUUCAUGUGCUCCAACGUCUGCCACCACCCCUUGUAACUCGUCUGGUGGUAGUGGAUCAGGCGGCGGAUCUGGUAAUGGGUCAGGAAGCGGAUCUGGAAGUGGCGGAUCUGGUAGCGGCGGUUCUGGAAAUGGUGGCUCUGGUAGCGGAUGUAGUGGUGGAUCUGGUAGUGGAGGUUCUGGUAGCGGCGGAUCUGGCAGUGGUGGAUCUGGCAACGGAAACGGCGGCUCCGGUAACGGUUCUGGUUGCAACGGAAUCGUCACACAACCACCCCCCACUACAACUUGUUCGACAACCACAACAUGCCCUACGACGACACAAAGCUCGUCAGACUCUGGAAAUUGUAACGGUAACGGUUCUGGAAAUGGUGGGUCUGGCAACGGUUCUGGAAAUGGUGGGUCUGGCAACGGUUCUGGAAAUGGUGGUUCUGGUAGCGAAUGCAGUGGUGGAUCUGGCAAUGGAGGUUCUGGUAGCGGUGGAUCCGGCAACGGAAACGGUGAAUCCGGCAACGGAAACGGCGGCUCCGGUAACGGUUCUGGUUGCAACGGAAUCGUCACACAACCACCACCCACUACAACUUGUUCGACAACAACGUGCUCAACCACAACAUGCCCUACGACGACACCAAGCUCGUCAGACUCUGGAAAUGAUAACGGUAACGGUGGCAGGAAUAACGCCAACGUCAGGCUCAAUUAUCUAAUGUCAUACAACGAUUGUGCCUCACUGGCCGAUAAUACCAUUCUGUUGGAUUUGAAACAUUGCCGUCGCUAUUAUGUUUGCACCAAUAGGCGUGCAAAACGCGUCAGAUGCAGCAUUGGUCAAUGGUAUGACAAGGAUGCACAUAGCUGCCGUCCACGUGCCGAGGUGACCAAUUGUGUGGCAAAUAAGAAUUAAUCGAAUUCUUCACAUCCAGCCCGAAGACAACGCCUCAGAUAUAUUUCACAAUGUAUAUCCAAACAUCGGUUAGCCGACAUAUAUAUAUAAAAAAAAUAGUGUAUCCCAAAUAAACAGCAAUAUUAUUUCA